GGGCGCGCGUGGGCCGGGUCCUCACUGCCCGUUGCGCACCCGAACCAGCCGGGUGUCCCUUCGACUUCCUCGCCAUGGACAACAAAGUCUCUGCGAGCCCCAGGGGCUCCUACCGGAAGUUCCUGGAGCACCUCUCCGGGGCCGGCAAAGCCAUCGGCGUGCUGACCAGCGGUGGGGAUGCCCAAGGAAUGAACGCUGCUGUCCGCGCGGUGGUGCGCAUGGGAAUCUACGUGGGGGCCAAGGUGUACUUUAUAUAUGAGGGUUACCAAGGCAUGGUGGAUGGAGGUUCUAAUAUUGUAGAAGCCAACUGGGAGAGUGUCUCAAGCAUUCUACAAGUGGGUGGGACGAUCAUCGGCAGCGCGCGCUGCAAAGCCUUCCGGACUCGCGAGGGCCGCCUCAAAGCUGCCUGUAACUUGAUCCACCGGGGCAUCAUGAACCUGUGUGUCAUUGGUGGCGAUGGGAGUCUCACGGGGGCCAACAUCUUCCGGAUGGAGUGGAGUGGCUUGUUGGAGGAGCUGGCCCAGGAUGGCAAGAUUGAUAAUGAGGCUGUGCAGAAGUAUGCUUACCUCAACGUCGUGGGCAUGGUGGGCUCCAUCGACAAUGACUUCUGCGGCACGGACAUGACCAUUGGCACGGACUCGGCGCUGCACAGAAUCAUCGAAGUCAUCGAUGCCAUCAUGACCACAGCCCAGAGCCACCAGAGGACCUUCGUUCUGGAGGUGAUGGGAAGGCACUGUGGGUACUUGGCCCUGGUGAGUGCCUUGGCCUGUGGUGCAGACUGGGUGUUCCUUCCGGAGUCCCCACCAGAAGAAGGGUGGGAGGAUCAGAUGUGCGUCAAGCUCUCGGAGAACCGAGCCCAGAAAAAAAGGCUGAAUAUUAUCAUUGUGGCUGAAGGAGCAAUUGAUACCCUAAACAGGCCCAUCACCUCUGAGAAAAUCAAGCAGCUUGUCGUGACACAGCUGGGAUAUGACACCCGAGUGACCAUUCUUGGACACGUGCAAAGAGGAGGGACCCCUUCGGCGUUUGACAGGAUUCUUGCCAGUCGCAUGGGCGUGGAGGCGGUCCUUGCCCUGCUGGAGGCCACCCCUGAGACCCCGGCCUGUGUCGUGUCACUGAGUGGGAACCACGCCGUGCGUCUGCCCCUGGUGGAGUGUGUGCAGAUGACUCAGGAGGUACAAAAGGCAAUGGACGAGAGAAGAUUUAAAGACGCUGUUCAGCUCCGAGGGAGGAGCUUUGAGAACAACCUGAACACCUAUAAGCGACUUGCCAUCAAGCUUCCAGAUGAUAAGAUCCAAAAGAGUAAUUGCAACGUGGCUGUCAUCAAUGUAGGGGCGCCCGCCGCUGGGAUGAACGCAGCCGUGCGCUCGGCCGUGCGAGUGGGGAUCGCUGAUGGUCACAAGAUGUUCGCAGUCUACGAUGGCUUUGACGGCUUUGCCAAAGGCCAGAUCAAAGAAAUUGGCUGGGGAGAUGUUGGCGGUUGGACCGGCCAGGGAGGAUCCAUUCUCGGGACAAAACGUAUUCUGCCUGGAAAGUACUUAGAGCAGAUCGCUACCCAGAUACGUACCCAUAAUAUCAACGCCAUAUUGAUUAUUGGUGGAUUUGAGGCCUACCUGGGACUCCUAGAGCUGUCCGCUGCCCGGGAGAAACACGAGGAGUUCUGUGUCCCCAUGGUUAUGGUUCCUGCUACUGUCUCCAACAAUGUCCCAGGUUCUGAUUUCAGCAUCGGGGCAGACACAGCUCUGAACACGAUCACCGACGCUUACCACAGCAUGCUCAUACUGGGCGAGGCGCGAACACGCUACGAGGAGUUUUGCAUCCCUAUGUGCGUCCUGCCGGCUACUAUUAGCAACAAUGUCCCAGGCUCAGACCUAAGUAUUGGUUGUGAUACUGGCCUGAAUAUGAUUGUUGAGACGUGCGACCGCAUCAAGCAGUCAGCCAGCGGGACCAAGCGACGCGUGUUUAUCAUCGAGACCAUGGGCGGCUACUGCGGCUACCUGGCCAACAUGGGGGGGCUCGCGGCCGGAGCGGACGCCGCCUACAUCUUUGAAGAGCCCUUUGACAUCAGAGAUUUACAGUCCAAUGUGGAGCACCUGACAGAGAAAAUGAAGACCACUAUUCAGAGGGGUCUUGUGCUCAGGAAUGAGAGCUGCAGUGAAAACUACACCACGGACUUCAUUUACCAGCUCUAUUCAGAGGAGGGUAAAGGAGUGUUUGACUGCAGGAAGAACGUGCUGGGUCACAUGCAGCAGGGUGGAGCACCUUCUCCCUUUGAUAGGAACUUUGGAACCAAAAUUUCUGCCAGAGCCAUGCAGUGGAUUACCAUGAAACUGAAGGAGUCUCCGGGCAAAGGGAAAAGAUUUGCUUCUGAUGAUUCCAUUUGUGUGCUGGGAAUAAGCAAAAGAAAUCUUCUUUUUCAACCUGUGGCAGAGCUGAAGAAUGAAACAGAUUUUGAGCACAGAAUCCCCAAAGAACAGUGGUGGCUAAAACUGCGGCCUCUCAUGAAAAUCUUGGCCAAGUACAAGACAAGCUAUGACGUGUCCGACUCCGGCCAACUCGAGCCUGUGCGACACCGUGGUGGUCCUGAGGAGCCUGCAGCCAUUUGAAGUCCAUGGGCCAGCCAUACCUACCUACACAGCUGUCUAGGCAGACCUGGAACUCACCAGGGACCGUCCUUUUUUUGUAACAUUUAAGUUAUUUAUCAGCACUUUAUCCAAGUAUUGUUAACCGAGUAUUGUUGACAGUAAUACCUAAUCAGAGAGCACCGGUCACCAGUGUCAUUCUCCCAGUCAGAUCCUACAAAAUGAAAUGCCAGGCUCAUGUGCUCACUCCAGUGUGAGUUAUCUACUGUACGCUGUACCGUCUCAUGCUUUAAGAUAUGUGUACCUAGUGGAAUUAAACAUUUGGCCUACACCCCAACAA